AUGGCAAAAGAUGCACUUGCACUUAUCGAACAUCUAAAUUGGCAUAAAUGUCACGUUGUUGGUGUAUCCAUGGGUGGUAUGAUUGGACUUGAAUUAGCUCUUUUAGCACCACAUAAACUUCUCUCUUUGUCUCUAUUGGCUACACAUGCUGGUGGUCUUGCCGGCCGAGCACCGUUUGUCGGCAUUCUUCAUCUUCUUCGUGCUUUGUGGACACGUGAUAAACAUUCACAAAUUCAAAAUGCUCUUGAGAUGCUGUACAGUCAAAAAACACUUUCAGAUCCUGAUAAACGACAGUAUUUCUACGAUUAUCAUCAUCAACGAGUAACAAAUUGUAUUCCACCAACGCUUGUUGGUAUUCUCGGACAAAUAUUUGCCGUACAAAGACAUUAUAUCGGCUAUGUUGAUCUACUCAAAAUUCGCUAUUCACCAUUCGUGACAUUGGUGAUUGUCGGCACUGAAGAUCGGCUUGUACGUGAAACAAAUUCAUAUAUGCUACAACGAGUACUUGGCUCUCGAUUUGUCACGUUAGAACAUGCUGGACAUGGGUUAUCGCGUGAAUACGGAGACAAGAUCAAUCAAGCACUAUUAGGUAAAAACGAUGGUUAG